AUGACUGCCGCACGCUCACACAGUUUCAAUUGUGGUCUUAAGAUUUGCUGUAAAAAUUUACGCGCAAAAAUCCUCAUAAAGAAUGAUACCUUAGACAAAAUAUGCAUCUUUUUGGCUGAAUUUCUGGGCACCGCAAUUAUGAUCUUCCUGGGCUGUAUGGGUUGUGUGAACACACAACACUUCCCCAACAAUCAUUUGCAAAUGUGUUUGAAUUUCGGUUUGGUAGUCAUGGUGGUGAUACAAUGUUUUGGUUGUGUUUCCGGUUCACAUUUGAAUCCGACCGUUACCAUUGCUGCCUAUAUUUAUAAAAUGAUAUCCGGGCCCAUGACUGUGAUAUAUUUUUGUGGUCAAAUGUUGGGCAGUUUUAUGGGUUAUGGUUUACUGAAGGUGGUAUUGCCGGAGAGUACAAUUAAUUCGCCUUCGACUGGUUUGUGUGUUACCAUUCCGCAUCCCGAUUUGACUGCGGGACAGGCAUGCCUAAUCGAAUUUAUUAUAAGUGCUGUUUUGAUUUUCAUUUGUUGUGGUGUCUGGGAUCCACGUAAUGUCAGGUUUCAUGAUUCCGUGCCAAUUCGUUUUGGUUUGGCUAUUGCAUGUUUGGCCAUUACUGCUGGUCCCUUCACAGGUGCAAGUAUGAAUCCUGCCCGUUCCUUUGGCCCCGCCUUGUGGCACAACAGCUUUACCAGGCAUUGGAUAUACUGGGUCGGUCCCUUGCCUGCAGCCGUCUUUGCAGCCUUCAGUUAUAAGUUCAUAUUCAGACGUGAAGUCAAAGAAGAAGCCAUCCAUCAAAAAUUACAUAGCUUGGAUGAUGUUCCAUUGUCAUAA